UCGAAACGUUUGUAUAUUGAUUAUUGAGCAUAUAGUGGAAAAAGAUGUGAACUUUGAACAAAGAGGAAAGAAAAAAUGUGGUGGUUCAGCAGAAAAGGACCUUCUGGGUUCUCAGCUUCUUCUACUGCUGAAGAAGUAACUCAGGGAAUUGAUGGCACUGGCCUAACUGCCAUUGUUACAGGAGCAACUAGUGGUAUUGGUAUUGAAACUGCACGUGUACUAGCAUUACGUGGUGUCCAUGUAGUUAUGGGGAUUAGAAAUAUGGAAGCUGGUGGGGAGAUCAAGGAUUCAAUAUUAAGAAAUAAUUCAACUGCAAAAAUUGACGUGAUGGAGCUGGACUUAAGCUCAAUGGAAUCAGUGAGGAAAUUUGCAUUACAAUUCAAUUCUUGUAGUCUUCCUCUGAAUAUACUCGUUAACAAUGCAGGAAUCAUGGCAACGCCAUUCAAGCUUUCCAAAGACAAUAUAGAAUUACAAUUUGCAACAAAUCACAUAGGUCAUUUCCUUUUGACAAACUUAUUGUUGGAAACAAUGAAACGGACAGCUAUUGAACAGAGAAAAGAGGGAAGGAUUGUAAAUGUCUCAUCAAGAAGGCAUCAAUUAUCAUAUCCUGAAGGGAUUAGAUUCAAUAAAAUCAAUGACAAAUCAGGGUAUAACAGUUUGUCUGCAUAUGGGCAGUCAAAGCUUGCCAGUGUUUUGCAUGCUAAUGAGCUUGCAAGACGUCUAAAGCAGGAGGAGGGCUCGGAGAUAACUGCAAACUCGCUUAACCCAGGAGUAAUCGCCACGAAUCUAUUCCGCUAUCACAGUUUCAUUGAUGGAUUUGUUGGUCUACUUGGGAAAUAUGUGAUGAAAAAUGUACAGCAGGGAGCAGCAACCACAUGCUAUGUGGCAUUGCAUCCACAAGUUAAAGGGUUGACUGGGUGCUACUUUGCGGACUGUAACUUGGCUGAAGCAAGUUCACAAUCAGCUUAUCCAGAGCUGGCAAGGAAACUGUGGGAAUAUAGCUCUAAUUUGGUUCAAACUUGAUAUCAUGUUUCCUAAGGAGUAGGGACUUAUAUGUGUAGUGAUAGUUUCAGACACAUGAAAGGUCCAUUAAAAACACUAGACUUCACCCUUGUACAGUUGGUAACUUGGUAGUUGGUACUUGUACCUCAUUACAUUGAGAUAUACUUAGCUUCUGUAUUUUAUUCUGACUUCUGUGACAGCAAUUUACUGUCAUCUAUUUUGUCAUUUUUCUGUAAUUCAGACAA